UUCAUUCCCUUCUGCGUAGCUACGCUAGAGUGUGUUCCGGAGCCUCGGCACACAUUUUAUUAUCAAAAAAAAAACACAAAAAAAAUAUAUAAAAUAAAUAAACACAAGGGAAGAUUAUUUUUUUGUAAGAAAAAGAAAAACUCGGUGAAGCAGGACUAACAAGUAACCCGUCGAAAAUAGGACGAGAUUUCGGAAGAGAAGGUCAUUUUGUUCCAUUUGAUAACAUUGUUGGAAAGGCGUGGGGUGAUUUCAUAUUAAUAGUUAACCGAGACAUUUUAUUCUUAUUUUUUAUUAGCUAGAAGCUAACGUAGCAGGGGAUUUUUGUUGUUGUUGUCGAUAUCGCAUCUGUUAUUAUAGUAACGUUAACUAGUCGUAGUUUAAGACAUAUUGUAGCUACUAGGUAACUUUUGUUGUAAUUUAUUUCCUCCAGAAGGUAACGUUAGCUCGCUAUAGACACCAGGUAGCAGCCAGCCGGCCCGCAUUGCUUAUUUUGGGGCCUAAAGUGCGAAGUAGUUAAACGUCCAAAACAUUUUUUUAAUUUUAUUUUUUUUAGCAAGCAACAAAUCUUCGGUGUCAUAAGACACUAUUUCACAGACGUUAACCUGACAACGUAACGUGUUUAUUACCCUCCCGUAUUAUUUAAAAAAACCAACCAAAAACCCCGAUCCGGUAGACAUGAAUCCAAGCGCCCCCAGUUACCCGAUGGCCUCCCUCUACGUGGGCGACCUGCACCAGGAUAUCACCGAGGCCAUGCUGUACGAGAAGUUCAGCCCCGCCGGGCCCAUCCUCUCCAUUCGAGUCUGCAGGGACAUGAUCACCCGUCGAUCCCUCGGAUAUGCCUACGUUAACUUCCAACAACCAGCCGAUGCUGAACGUGCCCUGGACACCAUGAACUUCGACGUCAUCAAAGGGAGACCUCUGCGUAUCAUGUGGUCUCAGCGUGACCCUUCCCUGAGGAAGAGUGGGGUGGGCAACAUCUUCAUCAAGAACCUGGACAAGUCCAUUGAUAACAAGGCCCUCUAUGACACCUUCUCAGCGUUCGGAAACAUCCUAUCGUGCAAGGUGGUUUGUGAUGAGAAUGGCUCAAAGGGCUAUGGCUUUGUGCAUUUUGAGACCCAGGAGGCGGCUGAAAGAGCCAUUGAGAAAAUGAACGGCAUGCUGCUCAAUGACAGAAAAGUGUUCGUCGGACGCUUCAAAUCCCGCAAAGAGCGCGAGGCUGAGCUUGGAGCCAGAGCCAGAGAGUUCACCAACGUGUACAUCAAGAACUUCGGAGAGGACAUGGACGACGAGAAGCUGAGGGAGCUGUUCGGGAAAUAUGUUCCAGGACCGGCCCUGAGCAUCAGGGUGAUGACGGACGACAGCGGGAAGUCCCGGGGGUUCGGCUUCGUCAGCUUUGAGAGGCACGAGGAUGCUCAGAGGGCUGUAGACGAGAUGAACGGGAAGGAUUUUAACGGCCGCCAGGUCUACGUGGGCCGAGCCCAGAAGAAGGGAGAGCGCCAGACGGAGUUGAAACGCAAGUUUGAACAGAUGAAGCAGGACCGUAUGACCCGCUACCAGGGGGUCAACCUGUACGUCAAGAAUCUGGACGAUGGCCUCGACGACGAGCGUCUGAGGAAGGAGUUCUCUCCUUUCGGUACCAUCACCAGCGCCAAGGUGAUGAUGGAAGGUGGUCGCAGCAAGGGCUUCGGUUUCGUGUGCUUCUCCUCCCCGGAGGAGGCCACCAAGGCCGUGACUGAGAUGAACGGGCGCAUCGUGGCCACCAAGCCUCUGUACGUGGCGCUGGCCCAGAGGAAAGAGGAGCGCCAGGCUCACCUCACCAACCAGUACAUGCAGAGGAUGGCCACCGUCCGGCCCGUACCCAACCCAGUCCUCAACCCCUACCAGCCUGCCCCUCCCUCCGGGUACUUCAUGGCUGCCAUCCCCCAGACUCAGAACCGCGCUGCCUACUACUCCACCAAUCAGCUGGCUCAGCUGAGACCAGGCCCACGCUGGGCCACCCAGGGUGUCCGACCACAACACUUCCAGAACAUGCCCAACGCCAUGCGUCCGUCCGCCCCCAGGCCGCAGACCUUCGGUGCCAUGAGGCCCUCGUCCUCCCAGGUGCCACGCAUGAUGGCCGGCCAGAGAAUGGCCACCCAGGCCCUGGGCCAGCGUCCUGCCGGUGCGGCGGCUGCUGCAGCCCCGGUGAGGAUGCCUCAGUACAAGUAUGCAGCAGGCGUGAGGAACCCCCAGCAGCACAUGGCCAGCCAGCCCCAGGUGCCCAUGCAGCAGCCGGCUGUCCACGUCCAGGGACAGGAGCCUCUGACGGCCUCCAUGCUGGCGGCUGCUCCUCCUCAGGAACAGAAGCAGAUGUUGGGUGAGUCUCCGGGUCACGUCUCGUUUUACUGACCUUCCCGUCUCCUUCAGUUAAAGGUGCUUUCUCUGCAUUGGAAGGUCAGGAAGAUGUCUGUAGUAAUAGUGGAAUGAUAGAGUUUCAUAAUGUUACUUAACCGGGCGGCGUUGUGGAUUGGCUGAUUUUCGCCUGUUGAUUUCUCCCAGCCAUUUCCCGGUUGCUAAAAUUCGAAUAUUUUGGUUAACUUCAGUUUUAUGUGAUAAAAUAAAUCAGUCAUUGUGUAGAGAAUCAUUGUUCUGUCUAAAACCGCGGUGAAAUAUCUUUGCAAUCAUAAAAUAUUGUCUUUUCAGUUAUUUGAAGCUGGUGCACAAAAAAACGAAAGUUAAAAAAACAACUUAAGAACAGGAAGUAAAGAAAUAGCAACAUAGAUCAUAUCUACCUCUUCUUAGACUUGCUUUCGAUGAGAAUGCCAGAUCUAUAACGGCCAUUUCUAUGUGAAUCUGGUUUUGUCGUCCAAAGAGUUACACACCGUCUGCAGCUUCUUCUUUAAACGAGGAUCAACCUUUUUAUGUGCUCUUUGUCAAUGAUGCAUUCAGUAACAAUGUCUGAACUUAUGAAUUUCAGUGAUUCUUAUUUAUUAACUGAGACAAAGAGCCCAACCUAUCCGUCAUGAACCACUGAAGAAGUAGCAUCUGUUGUUCUGACUGCUGGCCCUGCUGAGCCUUUUUCUGGGUCCUUUUGCUGAAUCCUCCCCUCCCCAUUCUCCAGGCGAGCGUCUGUUCCCUCUCAUC